UUAUCUUUUUAUUAGGGUAUAAAUUAAUAUAUGGAUUCUGCACGCAUAAAUUACUUUACUGUCAUAUUCCCAUUUAGCCCUGAUGGAAACCAGGUUCUUCUUGGUCUGAAGAAGCGUGGAAUGGGCCAAGGACUGUGGAAUGGGUUUGGCGGUAAACCCGAAUCCGGCGAAACAAUGGAUCAAUGUGCCCACCGCGAACUACAGGAAGAAUGCGGAUUAGUUGCCGAAAAACUACGCUAUGUCGGAGUCCUGUAUAUGGACGACAUGAAAGGACCGAGCCACCACAUUCUCGUAUACACCUUGUCCCAGUACUCUGGUAAUAUCUCAGAAUCCGACGAGAUGAAACCCAAGUGGUUCGAUACUACCAGCGAUAGCCUCCCGUAUGAUCAAAUGCAUAUCGAGGCUAGCUAUGGCCUAUUUGUCGCUCGUUUUUUGUUUAAUGGUGAGAAUAUUGCCGGACAUGCAAUUGAACGCGUCAGUAGCGAGCAGUUGCUGGAGCACAAAAUGUUGAUCGAGAAUAUAUCCGCUACAACAAGCAAGUAAACUAUCAUAUUGCUUUUGGUGUAAACAAAAAUGAAUAAUAAUAACAAUAAUAAAGUCCAAUCGUUGCCCGUAUUAAGAAUAGUCCCCGAGCAUUCAGGGAAGAGUGGAGAGAGAGAACAUAGAUACAUUGUGCGAAAUAUAGAAACCAUUCAGAAAAAAGGGGGA